AGGGAGGCGGGCAGAGACCCUGAGAGGAUGCGCCCGGUGCGCAGAUAAGACGCCGUGCGUGCGCAGGCGCUCAGCGUAGAGGUCUGCCGGAAGCUAAGAUGGCGCCGACGUGUUCUUCAGGCCAAAGUUGGCUCCUUGUCAGUAUCUAAGCGGGGUGUUUUGGAAGGGGCUGAGGCAAACGCCCUCUCCGCCACCAUGGCCCGGCAUCGGAAUGUCCGAGGCUAUAACUACGAUGAAGAUUUUGAAGAUGAUGAUCUCUAUGGCCAGUCUGUAGAGGAUGAUUAUUGUAUUUCUCCAUCAACAGCUGCUCAGUUUAUUUACUCACGACGUGACAAACCUUCUGUUGAGCCUGUAGAAGAAUAUGAUUAUGAAGAUCUAAAAGAGUCUUCUAAUUCUCUUUCAAACCAUCAGCUAAGUGGAAUUGAUCAAGCUCGUCUUUAUUCAUGCCUGGAUCACAUGAGAGAGGUACUUGGCGAUGCUGUGCCAGAUGAAAUAUUGGUUGAAGCAGUUCUGAAGAACAAGUUUGAUGUGCAGAAGGCUUUGUCAGUGGUUCUGGAACAAGAUAACAUGCAGAAUUUUAAGGACAAAAGUGAGGGAACAAUAUUUACAGGAAGGACUGAAAAAGGAGUCUUAUUUUCUUCCUCUGAAGUUUCAGCUGAUAAUGUUGAAAGUUCUUAUCCUCAAUCAGCAAAUCAUUUGGAUUAUAGUAGCAAACCCUUUGAUUGUUCUAGCUCAGUAGCAAAAUAUGGAUCAUAUCAUAAUUCUUCAGUUCCAAGUCACUAUUUACUUCAUAGAAAAAAGAAACUUGACAGACCUAAAAGUGAAAAGAAACUAGAAUCAUGUAAGUUAACAAAAGAGCUUUCACUAGCUGACCUAAUUCAUGAUAUGCCAAGAGAUUCUUGUAAAUAUCAGCCGUCAGUCAGAUUAUCAUCCACAGGUAGUCCCGAAGGUCUGCUUUCAAAGAAUGUAGAUGGUGAUUUGUUAAGAUCUCAGGCAUCUGAAUGUGUUUCCAAAGAUGAUUCUGCAUUCAAAGAAAUACCAGAUUUAAAGUCCUUAAUGACAAAGAACACAACACUGAAUAAUUCUUUAUUUGUUCAAAACAAUUCACUGUCUGAUUUCCAAAACAUUCCAGUACAAAACAGUUUAGGAAGUUCAAAUAAUCCUUUGCACUUAACUAGCUCAUUGGAAAAUACAACUCUUGAUAAUUUAAAUGCUAGUAAAAAGACUGAAAUUGGAAGUGUUUCUUUAGGUGAACAAGGUGCCAAGAAUUACAUUUUAAAAAAUGACAACUUGCAGUUUUUCCAAUGUGAAAGUCCAUCCCUAGCUGAACUGUUUCAGGAACACAAAGAAAACAAUCUAAGCCAAUGCUUUACUUUAUCUGAUCUUUGUAACCAGUCAUCUGCCAGUUUUACAGAUCUAAGUUUGGGAUCCUUUCCCCUGUCACAAUUAGCAAAUCGCUCUCAGUCUUCAGCUGGAAUAUCAGAAUUAACAGGAUCUCUGUCAUCUUUGGCAUUUCAUAAAGCUUCUCCCAUAAGAGACCUUGAGAAUUUGUCACUUUCUGAUUUGAUUGCAGAAACGAUUGAUGUAGACAACUCUCAGAUUAAAAAAGAUUCCUUUGAGCUCAGUUUAUCUGAAAUGAGGUCUCCUGGAAUAGACUCAAAUAUUGAUCUUAGCGUCCUUAUAAAAACCCCAGAUUUUGCUCCAAAGCUUUUAGUAGAACAAUCAGUUGCUCCAGCAUCAGGAACUAAAGUUCCAGAUUCAAAGUUAGGGAAAAAUUCCAAUUUUCCUAAGGAAAUUAAGAAAAACAAUAAAGGGUCUUUGACUAGGAAACCACCUUUUUCUCUCUCUUGGACCAAGGCCCUUGCUGCUAGACCUUCAGCUUUUGCUUCAACACUGUGUCUUCGUUACCCACUGAAAAGCUGUAAGCGACGCACCUUUGACCUCUAUAAGACUUUUCUUUAUAGUAGACAAGUUCAAGACAUAAAGGACAAAGAAAUAAGUCCUCUUGUAGCAAUAACACCAUUUGACUUCAAAUCAGCAUCUCCUGAUGACAUUGUAAAAGCUAAUCAAAAGAAAGCAUUUACUAGAGAAUAGUAACAAAAGGAAAACUUGAUUACUGUUGUAGAGCUUUUUACUUGUAAUUAAAGUCUUUAUAGGGUCACUUUAUAUUGUGGGAUUCAAGUUGUGAUUUUUAUAUUAAAAUUGUCUUAAGUCAGUUGAUAACAACUUCAGUUGGUAUGUAGUUUUGCACUGAAAUUUUUUUUACAAUCUUUUAGUGAUUACUGACUUUAAGUUGAUGGCCUAUAAUGAGUAUAUGUUUACAAAGUGCAUAUGAAAACUUGAUAUUGUAAAAUCAAACCUCAGAUAUUUUUAUUUGAAGCAUUCAACUUUAUAAGUUUUUAUGAUGAGAUUUUUUUUCUAUGAAAUAUUUUUGUGCUUUGUUCUUAAACAAAAAUGCCAGCACUUGGGAUUAUUAUAGUUUAGUAUCAAGAUUAUUCUUAUGUGGCAUAGCAUAGCUGAGACAUUAUAUAUUCAAAUAGUACUGAUAUCAUUCCGAGUUUCAUUAUUUUUCUGCAGGUAAAUACUAAAAUUUUCCUAUUAGAAAAUCUUAAAAUUCCUGACUUUUAAGAGUACCUUGGAAGUUGUUGAAGUACAUUUUUGAUGAUGAUGAUAAUAUAAAAAUCUUUUAAGGGACCAUGUAAAUAUAGAAACUGGAUUAAUACAUGAAUUAUUUUUAUACAUUUUCAAAACAGUUGUCCUAAAUGUACCCCUUAAAAUAAAUAUAUAGGAAGUGUUGUCAAG